UCCCAACGGUCUCGCUGUGUCGUCAUCAGCGAGCGCCGCAGCCAAAAUGGUAGCUUGUUUCUGUUGUUGUUGUUGUUGAAAUGUUCGCGUAAAAGCGGUGCAGGUUUUAUUAAAGCAUCCAGCGAUUCCCGGCAAAAUGUCUGACGAGGAGAAGGAGAAAGGUGAAGGGCGGAAUUUCUUCAUGACCUACAGCGACAGCGACCUGAGCGACAGCAGCGACUCGGACGACGGAGAGCAGAAACCGUCGCAGAAGAAGAAGAAGCUCGAUGAAAAAGCUGGAUCAUCAGGUGGAGAGGUGAAAAGCGGAAGUGGGGGAGUUCCGUUACCUAAACCGGAUGAGCUUUUCAGGUCGGUGUCCAAGCCCGCUUUCCUUUACAACCCGCUAAAUAAACAGAUCGACUGGGAGAGCCGCAUCGUUAAAGCUCCUGAAGAGCUUCCUAAGGAGUUUAAGGUGUGGAAGAACAACGCCGUUCCUCCUCCUCAGAGUUACGAGGUGAAGGAGAAGAAGGGUCCGCCUCCCGGCAUGGACAUGGCCAUAAAAUGGUCCAGCGUGUACGAGGACAACGGCGACGACGCUCCUCACCGACAAACAGAGCAGGCCCGGUUCCUGCCUGACGAUGAGCUCGCACAAUCUGAUGAUGACGAUGAUGAUGAUGAAAACGCAGAGAGGAAGUCCAUGUCGGCUAAGAAGCGUAGAGUGGAGACGUUCCAGCAGAAAGAAAAGAGGAAGCGGGAUCUGGGCCAAGCCACAUCUGAUAAGAACUUUGUCGAGGAGGAAAAGAGGAUCUUGAGGCAGUGCAUUGAGUGAUGGAGGAGUCGAGCCUCAGUGAUGCUCAGAGAUGAGUCUGAGGAAAGACUGCUCGCUUGUAGAGAACUGAGAGCUCACCGUGGGUUUUAUGGGUGUUUUAUGUUGCUAUAUACGUGCAUGUGCCUGUAAUCAGUGUAUCAGGCAAUAUGUAGUGAAUAAAAUAAAACACUCUGGGAUUUAGAACAUGUUGUUAUAGAGAAAUAAUAAUGAUGUGAUGAAGCUAAGUCACUGCUACCACCUAGAAGUUGAUUACUUUCCUAUAACAGCAUGUCACGAAGUGUUUUAUUCCUCUUAUAUUACAGCGAUUUACUUUACAAAAAACAAAAAAAAAACUUUUGUCAGAAUUCUGUGUUUGUGUUAUGUUUGCUGUGAAUGAUUUCAAAUCUGUUGUAGAAGAUUAAAUUCAGUCAGGUUGAGAGUCA